GCUCUUCUUAAGAUGCUCAAACAUGGGAGAGCUGGCGUUCCUAUGGAAGUUAUGGGAUUAAUGUUAGGUGAAUUUGUGGAUGAGUACACUGUCCGGGUGGUCGAUGUGUUUGCUAUGCCACAGAGUGGGACUGGAGUGAGUGUCGAAGCCGUUGACCACGUCUUCCAGACCAAUAUGCUUGAUAUGCUCAAGCAAACUGGCAGGCCAGAGAUGGUUGUCGGUUGGUAUCAUUCACAUCCUGGUUUCGGUUGUUGGCUUUCGGGUGUGGACAUUAAUACUCAGCAGAGUUUUGAAGCACUGAAUCAAAGAGCAGUUGCUGUGGUGGUGGAUCCCAUACAGAGUGUGAAAGGGAAGGUGGUGAUUGAUGCUUUCCGGUUAAUAAAUCCCCAAACAAUGAUGCUCGGACAAGAGCCACGUCAAACGACAUCUAACUUAGGACAUCUAAACAAACCCUCUAUCCAAGCCUUGAUCCAUGGUCUUAACCGGCACUACUACUCCAUAGCAAUCAAUUACAGAAAGAAUGAACUUGAAGAGAAGAUGCUUCUGAAUCUUCACAAGAAGAAAUGGACAGAUGGGUUGACCCUCCAGCGAUUUGAUGCCCACUCCAAAACCAAUGAGGAAACAGUCCAGGAAAUGCUAAAUCUAGCAGUCAAAUAUAAUAAAGCAGUGCAGGAAGAGGACGAGUUACCACCUGAGAAGUUGGCCAUUGCAAAUGUAGGAAGGCAAGACGCCAAGAAGCAUCUAGAAGAGCACGUCUCGAACUUGAUGUCUUCGAAUAUUGUUCAGACGCUGGGAACCAUGCUCGACACUGUUGUCUUUUGAAGUUCUAAGCUAUAAAACUCUGCACUGUUAUCUUUUCAGAUUGUGAAACCCAAAAGUUUGCCUUCUCAUGUUAUCGUGACAUUCAAGUAAUCCAAGAGAGAAUUUGUACUACUAUUGUUACUACUUUUAGGGUAUGUUUGGUUUGGGGUAAUCUCACAUGAAGGCCGGAAUGUGAUGCACGGAAUGUCAGAUGGUCGGAUACCCAUGUUUGGUUCACGGGUUUGAGAAAAAUCGGAAAAGUUACAUUCCCGGGAAUGUAAUAUGGAAGGGAAUCUUAUAAUCCCUCAUGUCUUAGGUUAUCUUACAUUCCCGAUGAUGGUCUAAUUUUCUUCCAAAAAUACCCUCAAUUAAUUAUCUCUUUUCAUUUAAUUUCUUUAUAUAAUGCGAUUUAUAAAACUUUUAAUGUAGUUUCUAAAUAUGUAAAUUAUACUAUUGUAUUUACUAAAAAAUAAUCUUAUUAUUGAAAGAGAUUAAUUUAUUUUA